AUGCCCCCCUAUCAAGAACCAAGAAUAAGAUCUACUUCAAUGUCGCUAUAUACUAAUAAUAUUAAUAAUACAAAUUCCUCAUCUUCAUCCUCGAAUAACAAUAACAGUAGUAAUAGUAAUAUUAAUAAUAAUGGUAAUGGUAUCACAUAUUUAAAUGGUAAUGGUAGUGCAACAGCAACUUUUUUCAAAAAAGAUCAACUAUUACCAACAAAUGAAGAAUACAUUAGUAAUAACCUUCAAAUAGAUUCACAGAUUGAGGAUAAUGAAUUUGAUUAUACAAAUAACGAUGAUAGUAUGGAAGAAAACGCGGAUACUAUUAACGAGGUAAAUGAUGAAGAUGAUUUUAAUGUCCAAAAUGAUUUAACGUACCAAACGCUUAUUAAUGAUAGUAGUUUACCCAAUUUAAAUUAUUCUAGUUCAAAUAAUAACAAUGCAAGCUAUAUUCUACAAGAAUUUGAACUAGAACAACAACCUCAAAAUUCUUUACAACUUCCAAGAAAGAAAAGACCAAGAUCCCUAUCAGAUCCAAUGGAUAUCUUAGAGACAAAUGUUUUAAAUGAUCCAGGAAAUCAUCCUUCAAUCCAUUUCAAGUCGAAAAUGUCUUCAUUCAGAUUUGCCACAAGAUGUUAUUUGAAACAAUUCACAGAUAAUCAAUCGCAACCCUUAUAUGCAUUUCAACUAGCAAACCGUAAUAAUUUUAAAGAUUAUUUUUUUGCUUAUUCGUCUUUAUUGGGGUCUCAUAAUUUUUAUUUGAUUUUUUUGCCAAUACCACCUUGGAUUGGCCAAUAUGAAUUAAUUGUUGAUAUGGUGUAUAUCUUGGCCUAUACAAUUUAUAUUUCUGGGUUUUUAAAAGAUUUUUGGUGUUUACCAAGACCAAAAUCUCCUCCUCUUCAUCGUAUCACCCUAAGUGAUUAUACAGCAAGAGAAUAUGGUGCCCCUUCCUCUCAUACUGCAAAUGCUACUGGGAUGUCAUUAUUACUAUUCUGGUAUGUUAAUAAAAAUGACUAUCUUUCAUUGAAAUUUAAGGUAAGUUUAUAUCUAAUAACUUUGAUUUAUCAUUUUACUUUAGUAAUCGGUAGAUUAUACUGCGGUAUGCAUGGUAUGUUAGAUUUAAUCAGUGGAACAUUUAUUGGUAUAUUUGUAUUCCAAGCAAGAUUGGUUGGGAAAUGGCUAGCACAAGGCUUAGAUAAAUCAAAAUAUUUUUUCUUACCAAUUAUAUCAUUAGCGUGGGGGUUUUUAAUUCUAUUUAAACAUGUGAGACCAAUUGAUGAAUGCCCGUGCUUUGAAGAUAGUGUUGCAUUCAUUGGUGUAAUUGGUGGCUUAGAAAUUACUGAUUGGGUAAUGAAAGUAUCAGGCUUUACACUUGUAGAUCAAAUGAAACAUAAUACUGAUUUGAAAACUGUUUGUUUAAGAUUACUAAUAGGGGUUCCGUGUGUAAUUAUAUGGAAAGCUUUUAUUAGUAAACCUUUAAUAUAUUCAAUAAUGCUGAAAUGCGGCGUGAAAGAUGAUCGUGAGGAAAGAAUUAAAUUAAGAGAGGACGCUGAGAAGAAACAUAAAAAUGAAUGUAUUCCUUACAUUGGAAUUCCAGUAAUAGAUAUUAUUGGGAGAUAUUUCAUUUAUAGUGGUAUUCCCCCAGUCACCUUAUUAUUCUGCCCUUUCGUAUUCCGUUUAUUUGGUGUCUUGUAG